AGAGCAUGGCUCAGUAAGUUCUGGAGGCACGUUAUAAGUUGUCAAGUUUGAUGGGAAGAAUCAAAGAAGUCCUAGCUUGCGUCUGUGGCGUCCUCUGAAGUCUAAAGUAAAGUGACAGACCACGGAGAGACACGCAAAGUCUCUUGGGGGCCAUGUCUGGCACUGGGAGUGCUAAUAACAGCUGGACCAUCCUAACUCCUGAGGAAACUGCUGCUGAAACCCUGAAGCCUGUGAUAAUGGGGACGGAGUACCAUGGAGAAAGCCAUACAACUGCACCAGGUUCUGGGGACAACAACCAGCCUGCAAAUGGUGCAAAGUCUGCAGAAGGGCUCCCUGUGGAGAACUACCUAGUACCAAAAGAAAAAACAGCAGAGCUAAGUGGAGGCUUGAGUGCAGAUCAGCCCACCUCUGUGCCCACUUCUGUCACGGAUAACCCCAUUCCUUCCUCUUUGGAAGUCUCCAGCAACUUGAACCAUGGCAGUGAUGAAGUCAGCCAGGCAGGAGGCCUACAUGAGGGCCCGGCGCAGAGCAGCUCUGACCCCGAUUCAUACUCUGACUCCUACACUCAUGUAGCUCCUUCCCCUGAUGAGCCCCCACUCUUACCGUUGAGCACAGAGACACUUGGAGGUGCAGAGUGUGUGCAGGUGGAAGGAACGCAGCAUCUGCGAAAUGGGGAGGAGCUAAAACAAGAAGGGGAGGAGUCAGAUGCGUAUCUAAAGACAACUGACUUGGGAAAAGAAACAGACCCCCAUGCAGAUUCAGAAGUGAGUCAGGAGAGAACCGAGAAGGCUGGUGAGGAGGGAGAGUCAGAGGUGAGGAAGAGAAGGUCCCUUUUAGCAUCUCUGGAGCAGAUUGGGAGGAGAGAAGAGGAAGAGGAAGUGGACGAAUUUCAGCUCCCCCAGCGAGAAGACGACAGCGGGUUUUCUGUGAACAAGUGCAUCCUAGGUGCUCUCAUUCUGUUAGGCCUUGGCACCAUUUUUUUCUCAGGUAUCUUCAUGGAUCUGGAUGAGGAGAGCGACUAUAGUACAAGGGAUCUGAAAGAUACAGAGCUACCAGGAAAACGGGAGUGGCUUAACCCAGAGGCUCCUCAGUCCCCACUAGAUGCUGACAAUUCAGAGCUUUUAAACAAGCUAGCCAAAGGGAAUGAGCAGAUUUCUGUGCUCCAAGCCCAACUUCAGACACAGAACGAGGAGCUAAAAGUAGCCCAGGGACAUGCAGCAGAGGGAGCAAAGGAGCGGCUGAGGUGGGAGGCGGUGGAGAAGGAAAACAGUAGGUUGAAGACAGAGAUGGCUUCUCUUCCUGUCCUUCAGAAAGAGAAUGAGAGGAUGAAGAAAGAGCUGGAGUCAUUCUCGGCCCUACAGAAAGAACUAGAAACUCUGAGAUCCACUGUGACAGAAUUAAAAGUCUCCUCAGCAGGCAGUCAGACAACUCAAGCCUCCAUGAAGCUCGCUACAUUGCCCCCACCUGGUCAGCCAGAGGACAGCAAGCAGGAAACGGCUGGAUCCACAGGGAGACAGACAAAGCAUCCACGGGAUGACCCAAAGCAGAAAAAGAAAGAUGUGAAGAGAGAUCGUUAUGACUUGGGCGAGCAGAAAGAGGGAAAAGAGAGAAAAAAAUCUGUAGGGAUGGAAGGAGAGAAAAAGGGCCGUAAAGAUGGCAGUAAAAAAGAAUGGAAGAAGGAAAAACAUGAGCAAGGAAUGUUUGACGGGGAGAAUGAUAAGGAAGGUAGACAGAAGAGGCAUAGUGAAGGGGAAAAACAGUGGAAGGAGAAAGACUGGAAGAAAGAGAAGACUAGCAGAGGUGAUGAAGGAAAGCCAUGGAAAGAUGGGGAAGGAAAAAGAGAGCGGACAGAAAAGAGGGAGAAAAAAGAAUGGAAUGAAGAUGUCGAUAGGAAAAGACCAAAGCAUGAAAAAGUGAAUGAGGGAAAACAAUUGGGAGGUAAGGAGGAGAACAAGCACUGGAAGGAAGGAAAGGAUCGUGGGGGGAGACAGAAAGAACAAAAGGAAUGGAAGAAGCUGAAAGAUGGCUUCAAAGAAAGUGGCAAAGUGCAGUGGGAAGAUAAAGAGUGGAAGGAGAAAGGAGAGAGAGAGUGGAGAAGAGGCACUGAGAGGAAUGAUAAAAAUGACAAACUUCAGGGUAAAGUAGGGAAAGAAAAGGAUGAAAGGAAACGGUGGGAAGGCAGUAAAAAUCAUGGCAAAGACGGAUCGAGGGAAGAUGACAGGAAGCGAUGGAAUGAACAUGAGCGGAAGAGUCAAAAUGGGAAACACGAUAAGGAAUGGAAGAGCAAGGACAAGAAGUGGGAACAGUCGAAACGGGAGCAAUCGAAAGAGAGAGACGGGAGGAAGGAGAAGAAGCAUAAUGAAGACUGGAAAAAAGACAAAUCGCAAUUCCAGAAAAGCAAAGAUGUAUACAAGGUUAAAAAUAAUCAUGGCAAAAAGGAAGAACAUCAGUACGGAGACCAAAAGCAGCCUCAUACACACCGCAAACCCUCCAUGGGGCAGCCUGAGUACUGGGUCCAGCAGAGAGAGCAUCUCCAGCACAGUCCUAAACCUUCACAGGAGUGCGACUCAUUGGAGUCCUGUGCAAAGGCUGAGCGGCUGCUCCCUGUCCACUUACCCGAGUUUGAGGCCAUCCUCCAAACCUAUCUAGCUAAGGCAGAGCAGGCAGGUGUCGAUGAUUCCAAAAGAGAGGAGCUCAAAAAGCUGGCCACGCAGUUUUUUAAGGAUGGCGUUUUUCUUCAUGAUCAGAUGAGCUUUCAAGAUUUUGUUGAAGAUUUGAGCGAUAUUUUAGAAGACAUGGUGGAAGAGGACGAGGAUGGGGAACAUGAUAGCGCCAUAGAGGAUGAAAUGGAGGAGUUUGAGAGAGAAGUCAUGAGAAAGUUUUCAUUGCGAGGAGCUGGAGAGAAAGAGGAGAGAAUCAAAGGGGACUGGAGAAAGGAGAGCGGACAAGGACAUGGCUGAUGAAAUGAUAGAAUUGAUGGAUCUGUCAAAAGUGGCUAAAAGGAGUCAGAGCGAGCGAGGGUUUACUCAAAGGGAACAUUUCUUAUUGGACCACAAAGGCUUAAAGUAUACAUUUAUCAACCUGUCAUGCUUUUUGCAGGACGACCUUUUGUGUUUUACCUCCAUCUGCUGUCCACUUGUGGGGUUUUUUUGUUUUGUUUGUUUUUUGAGUGCUCAUGCAAACACUUAAUGCACUGUUACAUAGGAAGGGCUUGAACGUACAUCGUGUGUGUGUGUGUGAAGUGCUGAGUCUGAUAUUUUAAGAAUCUGCAUCAUACAUCUUAGAUGGUGACAGACAAAUAUUGCUAGCCUAAAACAGUCCCACUAAAUGUAUGAACAUUUACUUACAGCUGUUUAUUUGGGACCGACCACCUGCAGCUACUGUGAAUGUCCAUUAGUGUGAAAGUCAUUGCUAUUCACAAUUCUCUUACACUGUUGCUCUCAAUAAGAUUUCUAAAAGAUGCUGCACAGUCUUAUUCAAACACCACACUUUCACUAUUUUCUGCAAGCGGCACUGUGCACUUUUAAAAUCUGCUUAUUAGCUGAUCAUGGCUGAUUUUGUUAAUUAAGCAUGGACUGCUGAACGACUUGAGCGAGGGUCUGUAGUCAUGACACUUGUGUUUGUACAUACAUUAUGCUUGUGUUUAGGAACUUGCUUAAAUCUACAAAUGUCUAAUUAACUUAUUUUAUAGGUGAAAUAUAGAGAAUUGAUGGGCACAUGAGAUUUUGACAUGUUGAGCAUGUUUAUUGCUGUUCAGGUGUGGAGCUUGUGCAGAUGUCCUUAAGUUAUUGCUUUGUGAUGACUGUAACAUUUGUUUGUGGUUGGUGACGGUACUUAAGACAUUUGCUUUCAAAAAUACUUUCUUUAUCUCUUUACGUGUGGAUAAACUUGUGAAAUGUAGCAGAUUUAAAGGCCUUCAGCACCAUAGAGGUUGUUUUGUUUUUUUUCUUCAAAGGUUGCCACACAGCGUGUGGUAGCACAGAGAACUUUAAAUGUCAUUACAGUUGUGUUUUCCCAUGUUCUUGGCAUUAAAAAAUAAUAAAUGUAAUUCCUC